CACGGCUUCCCUGUCUUUUAAAGAUGUGUCAUCGAUUAUGAGGAUUUGGGAUGACUUAGGAGUUGGAGAAGUUUAGGUUGGUGUGUGCUGAGAUGUAGAGUUGGUCCUGGCCACGUAACAUAUUUGGGACCUUGUCCAGGAGUCGGAAAACAAGCCAGUUUUCAUGUCGAGUGUCACCAUCAAGGGUCGUCAUGACUGAUACGCAAUCGGGCUGGCAAUACUUGGACAACACCAGUAUAAGUGUAACUGCUGGAGAGCCGUUUGGUAUCACAUGUGAAGCAUCUCGGGCAAGGCCUCCUGUGGUACUGCAAUGGGUGACAACUAAGGGCGUGUCAGCUGUUCAUCACGAUCAGUCGGAUGUCAUCCAAGAUGGAUCUUACAUCUCCCGGAGAACUUUGAUAAUCACACCCUUCAGGAACGAUCAUGGAAAGAUUCUUAGCUGCAUUACAUCACAACCAGAACUACAGAAAAAUAUUAGACGCUCAGUUAGUCUGAAUAUUCAUGUUCUGCCGACCAGUGUGCUGCUAUUUCUAACUGGAGGUAACCAGUCCCAAUCAACAGUCCUAUACGUUAAAGAAGAUUCACCGACUUCAAUCACUUGUAAAAGUAUUGGAACAUUCCCAGCAACUGAACUAUCAUUUUGGCUUAUAGUUGAUGCCUUUGAGAGAACUCCGAUCCUUGCAAAUGUCUCGAGUAAUAGGAGUAUUUUAGACGACACUUUGUUUGACACUGAAAGUACCAUUACCAUAAGACCAGAUGCCACGAAACAUGGAAUGCACAUUGUAUGUUCCUCGUAUAUGGAGGACGUCUUCUUUGUUAAAAUACUGACAGCUAGACUAAUGGUGUACGGGCUGCCAGUCGAUGUCACAAUAUCUAUCCCAGGUGACAUGCUUGAAGGUGCAGAGACCAGCAUAACCUGUAAAGCUCUUAAUGGAUAUCCCGCCCCUCUCAUCCAUUGGUACAUUGGAUUAAGAAACCUGACAUAUAAUUCAUCGCUGGAGACUUCAUUGAAUGCAGCUGAUCGAUAUGAUGCUGAAAGCACUCUCACUUUCAUACCGACGAGGUUUGAUCAUUCGAAACGUCUUCUCUGCCAGGCAGUUCAACCUAACAGGCGCGGAUCAACCUAAUACAACAUCUACUGCGGUGUCCAAGAAUAACAGCACGGUUCUGAACAUAUCAAGUCAGCACAGAGGGGCGAUGACAGUAAUGAAAAAAUAAAUCUGGUGGACUAUUCAGAGAUUGCGAUCAUUACAAAACGGGUAAAUGAAAUAAUAAUCGUAACGAUACAACAGUUGAAAUGAACAAUGCUUCAUAGUUAUUUUUAUGCACGCUUUAUCAUGACCAUACGCAUAUUUUGUUCAAAGAAGGUUGGCAGUGAGCGAGCAAAGCGGCCAAGCUUCUCACGGGACAUGUUUUAAAUUUCGCGCACACUUUUGAUAAA